CCCAAAGUUAAUUAAACUAUUUUCUCCAGUGUUAUUGCGAAGUCUUAUUAGUUUGGAAGAAAUAGAGAUAAUUGAUUGCAAGAAUUUAGAGGAGAUCUUCAUCUUCGGGAUGAAAGAAGAAGAGGAAUAUGAUGAAAUGGGUAUAGUACCAUGGAGGAAAGAUCACACCACAACCUCCCCAAGUUUGGGAAACUUGACUUCUAUAAAAUUAAGAGGUAGCUCUAAAUUGAAAAACCUUUUUACCCCGUCCAUAGUCAAAAGACUGGUGAAGCUUAGAAGCCUUUGGAUAGUUGGAUGCUCAACACUACAUGAAAUAAUCACAAAUGAGGAAGCAUCAGCAAUACAGAGGAUUGUAUUUCCUAGUUUGUCGUCUUUGCGCCUUCGACGUCUAGAUAACAUUGCUUGUUUUAGCUCAGGCUCAUAUUCUAUUGAAUUCCCAGCUUUGGAGUCUCUUUGGAUUCGUGAAUGUCCAAAUAUGAAGAUCUUUGGUAAUGGAGAACAACUGACACCAAAACUCAACAAAGUUAUUAUUGAUUAUCUUGGUAAAGAAGAAAGAUGGAUGGGUAACCUUCACUCCACGUUGCAACAAUUGUUCAUAGAACAGGAGGGAAGACGGAAACAAUUAGUCAACAACGUAAAUGAAGACAGAGGUGGUGGUGGUGAUGAUGAUAAUGAUGAUGACAACGACGAUGAUGAAGAAGACGAGGUAGCUAGUUAA